AUGGGCGCUAAAUCUCCAGAGAACGAUGAGCGUAGGCAGCAUGGGCAUGGUGACCCGCCCAGUCUGGAUGACUCGAACCCUAUGGGUGGAGGAGAACUGCACUGCCCAGACUUGUCGAGAGCCGGAGAUGGCUGCCUCGGAGAUGGUGGUGACGAUGAAGAGAGCGACGGUGACGGCGGUGAAGUAGACCCAGCAUCGGCCGAUGCUGAGACUACACAAAAGAAGCGCAAGAAGCGCAACAAGAAGAAGUCCAAGAAGAAGAGCAAGGCCAACUCCCCCGGCGAGCAAUCCUCACCCCCAAGGAUUCCGUUGGACCAGCUUUUCCCCGACGGCAAUUUCCCCGAGGGCCAAGUGCUAGAAUACCAGGCUACGGCACGGACGACGGCCGCCGAGCGUCGCUCCAACGACCGGCAGUACUGGGAAGACGAAACCUUUCUCAGGAACUACCGCAAGGCCGCCGAGAUCCACCGCCAGACCAGGCGAUGGGCGCAGGAGGCCGCCAAGCCCGGCGUCGCCCUUCACGACAUUGCCGUGGGUAUCGAGGACAGCGUCAGGGCGCUGCUGGACAAUGCCGGCUUGGGAGCCGGAGACUGCCUCAAAUCCGGCAUGGGCUUCCCCACCGGUCUCUGCUUGAACAACCAGGUCGCGCAUUACACGCCCAACCCUGGUCAGAAGCUAGUCCUGCUGCAAGAACAGGAUGUCCUGACCGUCGACUUCGGCGUUCACAUCAACGGCUGGAUCGUCGACAGCGCUUUCACCAUGGCCUUCGACCCGACCUACGACAACCUCUUGGCCGCGGUCAAGGAUGCGACCAAUACGGGUGUCAAGACAGCCGGUAUCGAUGUGCGCAUCAGCGAUGUCAGCGCUGCCAUCCAGGAAGUCAUGGAGAGUUACGAGGUCGAAAUCCGCGGUAAGACGUACCGUGUCAAGCCCAUCAGAAACCUGACCGGCCACAACAUCAAGCAGUAUCACAUCCACGGCGGCAAGUCCAUCCCGUUUGUGAAGAACCGCGACCAGACCAAGAUGGAAGAGGGCGAGGUGUUCGCCAUCGAAACCUUCGGGUCUACCGGACGCGGUUACAUUGUCGAUGACGUCGGCGUCUACGGUUACGGGCUCAACCACGAUGCCCCGCUGCGCGUGCCCGUGCCUAUGUCUUCUGCCAAGCGUCUACAUAAGACCAUCAGGGAGAACUUUGGCACGAUUGUCUUCUGCCGUCGCUACCUAGAGCGGCUCAAUGUCGAGAAGUACCUCGCUGGCAUGAACUGCUUGGUCCAACAGGGCGUCGUGGAAGAGUAUGGGCCGCUGAUGGACAUCAAGGGGUCGUACUCGGCCCAGUUUGAGCACACCUUCCUCCUCCGCGAAACGCACAAGGAGGUCCUCAGUCGUGGAGACGACUACUAGAGAGAUGGGAUGUGUUAACGGGUUGGGGGCGCUUUGGUAUUAGUUUUUUUCCCGCCCCUUGGUGCUGGUUUUUUUCCCAAGUCAGAGUUGUUUUCCCAGCACUGUCACGCAAAUGCGAAGGGACCUUGCGCAGCACAUUAAAUUUUAUCAUCCGUUCCUCUCCAUCAGUUAGUUCUGUGCAUUUUCAGGUGGACACCCGCUCCAACCCUGAGAUAGGCAGACGAGUCAGCGGCGGCGGAAAGUGAUUGGGCCGAGACCGCCGUCGUUCUUGGUUUAUUUCGAGCAGCAUGCUGCUUAUGCCUGAUGGGCCGUGGGGUAAGACUAGGUGGGUACACCAAGCUGAUGAUAUCAAGGCAGGAGGCGUGGGGUA